AUGUUUAUUAUUAAUUUAUUAAUUUUAUACUUUUUCGUUCUUGCAGGAUUGUCUGUUGAAUUUAAAAUUUUCGGUUAUAUUUUACCAAAAUUGUUGUUGAAAUUUAUUAAUUUACUAUUAUUACAAUUACUUAAUUACAUGUAUUUACUUUGUGACACUGAGGACAAUAUCCGCACGGAGAACUUGCCGUAG